AUGCUGAAAUUAUUACUAGUUUUAUCCAUUUUUAUUUCAUUUUUUGAAUGCCAAGCGGAUGAAUUAAUAUCAGCUCGAUGUCAAUCACAAUGUCUUCAUCUUAUGGAACUCAAAUUACAGGUUAGUUCUUCUCAUAUCAUUUUCAUUCUUCUGUCAUUCUUUUGCCUGUUUCUUUUGAUUACGUAACUUGAAAUGUUUUGACAAUAUAAUAAUCAAAGAGUUGCCGACUUGCGUCAUUUCACGAAGGACACUAAAACUUAUACUUUUGAUAUAGAAUCUUUCCGGUUUUUGUAUAUAAUCCAUGUUUUUGUCAAAACAAAGGGAACAAUUUGGUUUGAUUCACAGUUGGAUAUCUGAGAUUUACAACCGCGUAAGGUAGAUCUUAUCGUUCUAAUAAUUGAGACACAAAACAUUGUUACGUCAUGAGAAAAUUAGGAGAAAUUAUUUUAUUCCAAAAAAUGUUUCUACUGUACUUCCUUGUUGAUUCUAACAUAAGUUAGCAUUGCGUCAUUAAAUAGUACUGCUUCUAAACAUUUUUGAGGCCUGAAGCUGUAAGAGUUUUUUGAAAAGGUUUUAUUGAACUAAAUUGUUUUCCAAGUUUUGAUAUCCUUUUUCUUGAAAAAAAUAGCCCUUCAGACAAACUCUUUCAGUUUCUUCGCCAAAUUUUCAAAUAAACGAAUUUUCCUGGUGAGACACCUUGAGUCGUCAGUUUUUCCACAUACAUCAAUUUGACAAAACGAACAAAAUUUUGUGUCGGUUGCCAUCGACCUAAACCAAAAAUGCGCGAACGAGAAACACACAUUUCUUUGUUCCCAUUUUGUGGUGCAUAUUUCCUGCGAAAAAUUAAUGUUGUUGGUCUCUUUGUUAUUAUUCGAACAAGUGUUCACUGACUCUCAAUUCUCAAUAUACAAAUACAUAUAAUAUAAAAUUCACAGGAAUCAAUAUUCAGUACUAGUUGAAAAUAAAAUCAACCCAUCCAUCCAUCCACCCCAUAAUUAUCCACUCGCCUCUCUUUUUUUACACAUCGUUAAGAAAAACAGAAGCAAAAAACUUUUGACCUUGUCGUUUUUUUUGCGCGGGCUCUUUUGAGCAGAAUGAUUGAUGUAGUGUUUAAGAAAGAGCAUGUCAAUGUUAUUUUAUGAUUUGAUCAAAGCGGAUAAAAGUAAAAUGCGAGUAUAUGUAUUUUUUCUUUUUCUCAAAAAUAAAUGUGAAUUAUUAUUAUGCUAAUUAUUCGAAGUGCUGCAUAUUUUUGUUCUUCUUCUUCUUUAGAUUUUUACACAUGUUAGUUUUAUUUAUAUUUUACGUCCGAGUCCGGAAAGAAGGUCAUCAUAAAAAAUAUGAGAAUAGAAUAGACCAAGUCAAAUGUAAUAACAAUAAAAAUAUCGAUGUGUAUAAUUAGAUACAUCAGACGCCAAUACCUUUGGCGCCAACAAAAUGUACAUAUUAUUAUUAUUUGUACAGAUCUAUCUAGAAAAUGAUUUAUGUUGCACCUGACAACAGAUGAACAAUCUCGUUCGGCUCAUUUACAUAAAUAUUCAAGUGGUUGGACCCCCUUGUGAAUAUUAUAAUAUUCGAAAACCCCGCGCAUCAAAAGAAUUACACAAUAUUAAGUGGUUUAGACAAAAAGACGGUAGAAUUAUCUACAGUAAUCUUUUAUUGUCUCAAUUAAUGGAUGGAUGUUACACAGUUUUUCGAUCAGAUAACAUUGUUACGGGGGGCUAAUUGAAGAACACUAAUGAUUUAUUUAUGAAAGACAGACUGACUAGAAAAGAAAUGAAUACGGUAUGUGGUCGAGAAUGAUUGACAAAACAGAUAACAUUGUUGUUUUUGAUGACAGAUUAUUUGACAUACAAAACGGUGGUGGGAUAGAUAGUUUGAGAAAUAUAUUAAUAUUAUGGCAAUGCAUUUAUAAGGGGACUUUUGGACUAAUUUGAAGAGUUUUUCUAAAAUCCUAGAAAUUCUGACAUUUUUUUGUAUAGACUCCUUUUUCUUCAUGAAGGCUUUAGUCUGAAAUUCAAUUAAUUAUCCAAUCAGGGCUCAAAAUAUUAGACAGUUUUCUCUUUGAAAAAUUUAGCAUUUUUUGAAGAUUCCAGAAAAGGUCCCCGCUUUCGCUCUACUAUCAAGUAUUUUUCACUCAUUCCAUCCUCAUUUACAAUAACCACUUUGUCCACCAACAUAAAAAAAUCCACCAAAAGUCAGGUCAUUACUUCCAAUAAAUCAAUUGAUUGUCUCAUUUUACAACGUUUAACUAGAAUAACAAAACAACAAAAUGAGUACAGCUGUUAUCGUAGGCUGGUUCUUUUGGGUGUUGGUGCUGUUUGGUGGUGCCAAACAACAUCCAUUUUAUGACCUGCUUCUCAUAAAUAUAAAUUUAUCCGUCUUUUUUCCCCCUUGUAAUAAAACUUUGGGACCUUUCUUCACCAAUUAAAUAUCCGUGCAUUAUUUGGAAAAUAGCAAUAAUAAUAAUAAAUAAAUAAGGAAGGACUAUUGGAAUUCUGGAAAAAGGGGUUAUUAAGUGUGUCCACUCUCUUUUUUCCCUAUUCAUCCAAAUCUAUUCAAUCUACACUUUUUGAUUGUUCGAAUAAGAGUUGCGCAAAUUCUGCUCUUGGUACUUGAGAUUUAAUAUAUUAUAUACAUGUUUGACCAUACUUACCCUCCUUCAUUCAUUCACAUAUAAACUUUUUGGGACCAUAAAAAAUGAUCGGAAAUAUAACUAAUGGAUACUUUAUUGUUUCUAUUGUUAAAUAAAAAUAACAUGGAUGGAAAGAGAGCUCUAAUUAUUGCCGCAAAAUAUCAAAAAGAGUCCUGUUUGUUCAGGUGAAUAAUAGUACUCAAAAAAUAAAAAACAACACAUGAAAAGAAUAGAAAAGAAUGGCAUGAUUGAUGAAUAAGGGUCAAGUUGAUGAAUGUAACACGGAUCGGUGAACUUUAUUUGUUUUUUGUGAUGUAAGGCUUUUAGAGACUGAUAUUUUGGAGGUGAAUCACAAAUAGGUGUUUCAAAAAAUGAAUCAGGUUCCUAGAAAACGUUACUCACAGUGAAUUUCAGAUUCUCUAAAAAAUUUCAACGAAUUUGAUAAUCCUAAUUUAUUUCUGAAAAUACAGAAAAUCGGGUUACUGUAGGUUAUAGAAAUUCUGAGAAUUUAAGGAAUCUGCAAAAUGUUACUCAUAUUUUUCGGGAAAUACAGUAAGUUUCCACGUUAUUGAUUUUUAUUCAAAUAUCUUUUGAGUUACUGUAGAUCUGAUUCAUUUCCAUAAUCGGAAAAUAUUCACCAUUUUUUUUACAUUGAAUUUUCCACAUCCUAGAUUAUUAGUGAAAAUAAUUUUUUCGAACGCCUCAUUUGGCAUAACUUUCUUUUCUCUUUCACAUAAUAUUCUGCUGACUUUAUUGUUUUCGUGUUAUUCUACAAAAGUUCUUCUUUUUCUUUUUUCUUGUAUAUACCAAAACCAUAAGUUAAUCCUCCUUUUCACGCCUCACUUAUUCUCGCGCACUUAUUUUUCUCUCGUUUUUCUUUAGAUUAAGGUCACCCAAAACACUUUUGUUUGAAUAUCUCAGCCAGUAAAUAAUAAGGAAAAACAAAACAAUAAUUAAAUAUGGAACCUUGGGAUUUUUAGAAAAUUAUAAAUACUUAUUAAUUGCAGGAAAAUCCGGAGCAUCGCAAAGGUCUCAAGCAUUAUAUUAUACAGUUAUGCAAGGAUGACGCAACAUGUUCUGCGGUGAGUUUUUUGGGGAACGGGAUCUCGAAAUGGAUAAAAAUAAAAUGGGGAAAUAUAUAUAUUUUGUGUCAUAUGUUCUUGAUUCCCAUAAUACUUAAUUUAUCUACUUAGAAUUAGUUAGAAUAUCAAAUCAGAUUUUGUGUGCCCUAUUUUCCCAUAUUUAUAUGUGUCCACAAUUCCACUUGACGCAUACACCAAACACUUCAAAACCCAUUUUUCUUCUUCUCUAAAUGAGCAUCAAGCAAGGGUUUUUUGUUUGAUGUGUUUGUUUUUUGCCAAUUCCAAUUCAAUCCUGGCGCCAUGCCAAUCACUUUUUUUUUGAUUGAUGAGCUUCUGUUGUUGGGCGCCAGAUGGUUUAUUAUCGAUGGCGGAACGUUUUAGGCGUUGAAUAAAAUUGAAAUAUUUUAUUUAUAAAUAUACGUUAGUGUGAGAAUAUGUGUUUUAUGGUAUUUGCAUUGUGAUUCUGCUGGUAUUAAUAAUUACAAUAUAUAUAAAAUGUUAUCCGAAAAGUAAAUAGAAGAACCAUUUGGUAAAUAGCAAGAAUUAGAUAUAUGGCACCUUUUUAGGGGGAAAAAGGGAACGACUUGAAAGAAUACCGAAAUGGCUUAUUAGGCAAUCAUUUUAUGGUAUGUGUCAUAUGGCACAAAAAACAAUAUUUAGAUAGAUGGAAAGAAUUAAAGGGUUUUGCUGAAAAUAUAAUUUUUUUUUGAAGACUGACCAACUUUCCAUAAGUCUACUUUCUGUUCUAACCGUUUAUAACUUCCGAUAGUUUUUCACAUAAAAUUAUAAUAAUUCGUUAUUUAUUCGGAAUCUUUUCAACUUUCUUCUCAGUUCAAUUAAAAUAUUUAUAAAUAAUUAUAGGCUUGUUAAUUCAAUCUGAAUGUAUAUAUUUAUUUAUGGUAAAUCAAAAAGUGUUAGCUAACAUAAUUUGCUUUUUCCAUUCGUAGCCUAUAAUUACUUGGCUCAUUAAACGUAUUCUCUUUUAGUCUAUCUUCAUCUUGUUAGAUACAUUCCUGAGCUAAACACAAUUACGACACAACGAAAAACAUAAAAAUAAAAGAUUACGGUAAUUAACAAGGAACAAAGAAAGAAAGAAGCACGAACCAUCUGGACAUUGUCGUAAAAAUCAAAAUAUUUUUGUUUUUAUUUUUGAGGUUACCGACGAAGUCUUGUAACUUUUAAUGGGUGCGCUAAAUAUUAUGUGUUUCCACACUUCUUUUUGUUGUUAGCCGACAUUCAUUUGGGAUUUAGAAAUUGUAUAUAGAUCUUGUUCAGUUUGGGAUAAAAUCAAAAAUAAAUAAAUAAAUAAAUAAAUAUAUCCGGUCACAAAAAAAUCUGCUCAAACACUUGAUACAAUGUUCUGUUUGCAGUUCAAGUACACUUUUAGAAUAAGUGACCAUCUGGAUUUAUUGCAGUUAGCUAAUAUAUCACAAAAUAUUCUCUGUUUUUUUCAGUGUUCUCAACCAUGCCGUGAACCAUUUGAAAAUGUCAAAGAUUGCAAGAAACAAUGUGUUAGUACAAGUGAAGAAAAUCGAAAAGUUUGUGAAGAAUCGUGUGAUUAUUUACAACAAAUAUACAAUGAAAAACCUGGAAAUUGUCCGGCUAUUAAAAAUGCGUCAAGAUUAUAUGAGUGUUCAGCACUUUGUCGAUUAGAUGGAGAUUGUCCAGAAACACAAAAAUGUUGUUCAUAUGGAUGUAGUCGACAAUGUUCUCGACCAGAUUCAAAAUCAAAUGAAAGACUUUUGCCAGUUCCAAGAAAUAUAACAAUUCAAGAAAGAAAAAGAAAAAGAUCAAUUAUAAUCAGAUGGUCGACUGGAAAAUGGUCGAAAAAACAACAAAAUGAGAAUUCGAAUGUUUUUCUUGUACAAUGGAGAUGGGGAUUGCAUAUUGAUACAAAAGAAAUGACUGAAUGGCAAACUGUAACUAUUCGAAAUAAACCAUAUGCAAUUUUAAAACAUUUACUAUCUCCUGGAAGAUUUUAUCAAUUCCGAAUUGCUGCUGUUUCUUUUGAAGGAAGUGUUGGAUUUAGUCAACCAAGUGAACCAUUUAAAAUAUCAAAAGAAGCAACAGCUCCACCUCCUCCAAGAGAAAUGUCUUUGGGAAAUUCGAAAUUGACACCAAUCGGAUUAUGGAAUCAAAUUGUUAGAUGGAUUCCACCACAAAGCGAUCUACCAAUUAAAAAUUAUCAGGUAAACAAAAAAAAAUAUAACAGCAAAACAAAAAAUUACUGUAUUCGUUUCUUAUAGGUUUCUUGGUCUGCUUCAACUCAAGCUGAAGCUGAACAAUUUGAACAAAUGAUGAAAAAGAAAGCAACAAUGGAACAUGCUGAACAUGAAAAACGGAGUAUUGAUGAAAAUGAAGAUGAAUUCGGAAUUGAUGAUUCGCGAGAUAGACAUUCAGUUAUUAUUCCAAGUCAUUCAACAAAUGCUGAAAUUAGUGGAUUAUUCCCAAAUUCGGUUUAUAUUGUUGAAAUUCAUGCAACUGUUGAUAGUAGUGAUGGAGAAUUACAUGGUGAAAAAGGUGUUAUUUUUAUAAGAACAAAUGAUGCGAAAGUUGAGGAAGAAAAAGAAGAAGAAGAAAAGAAACAAAUAAUUGAAACAAAAAAUGACAAAAGUGAAGAAUUGAAAGUUGAAGAAAUCAAAUCUCUUCCGGUUGUUAUUUCAAAUCGAUUAGAAGUUACAAAUCCAUAUUUCUUUGCUGGAGAACUUCAAACAUUAUUAAGUUGGAAUUGUGUUUCACCAAAUCAAAAAGCAAAUUCAUAUACAGUUCGAGUUAGAAAAACACUUUGUCGAGAAUAUCAACCAAAUCAUCAUUCUGAUACUCGUUGGCAUGAUUUACGUGUUUCCGAAUGUUCAACAAUUCUCAAAGGACUUUCUUUUGAUUGCGAUUAUAAAGUUGAAGUUUCAACAAAUUCUGGAGAACUUAUAGUUGAUGGUGUAUUCUCAACUGAAUCAUGUGAAUUAACAGAAGCUCGUGAAAAUAUUGAUUGUGCAACAUUCCAAACGCCAAUUCAAUGUCAAGUUUCAUCUGAAUCAUCAGCCCAUUGUCAUUGGACACGUCAUAAUCAUCAAGAUCAAAUGCAAACUGUUAUUGGAUAUCGGAUUCUUUUAUCAUCGCCAUCUUCUCAUGAUACAAAUACAACAAUAAAUCAACCACAAUUGAGAGAAGUUCGAUAUGAACAAUUAAAACCGGCCCAUCUUUAUACUGUAGAGGUAAACAUUUUCGAAACUAACUUCGAUGUACUAAUCUGUUUUUUUUUCAGGUUCAAAGUAUAACAAAUCGUGGUCUUGGUCGAUCAGUUUCCACACAAUUUGUAACUCUUCCACAAAUCGAUCAAUCAAUAAUUGAAAGAUUCCCAGGUGGUGAAAUAAUUGAACUUCCAUUAGAAUCUUCAUUUUCAACAUCAACAUCAAAAAAUAUCCUAAUUUUCCCAAUAUUUUUCAUAUUUUUCAGGAUAUUUCAGUAG